GAGUCAUGGAAAACACUUCCGAACUGUACAAAAUUUUGUUUUGGUUUCGACUUGAGAAGCGAGUGUGAAUUUUCCACUUAUUUGAUGGUUGGAAGCAUUUCUAUUGAACGGGUCAAGUUUCGUUGUGGUUCGCUUUGUACUAAGGAAAUUUGCGCGGUGAUUUACGAAAGAAGUGUGUUGCUCAUUUGACUGCAGUCAUUCAAGAACGAUGGACAACUGACGCGAUUUCCCGCGUAACACUACAUUCGCUUAGCUUAUCCUUCGCUUGUAUGGCAUAAAAUGGGAGAAUUGGCCAGUGAGGAUGAUCAACGAUGGGUCUGCCCGAACGAUCGACAAUUAUCCUUAAGGGCAAAGUUGAAUUCAGGAUGGUCUUUUCACUCAAGUGCACCCGCGAGAAAAACAGGUAGAAAAUCGGAUAUCACGGAAAGCGAACAAGAGAUCAUCAGAAAUGUUCUGGAACGCGCAGAAAGAAUUCGCCAAGCAGAAGAAGAACGUAUCGGGCCUCUUGUGGAGAAGUUGGAAAACAUGCACAACAAUGCUCUUGGAGAUGGAAAGGAGACCUGUCUUCUUUGUGGUUCCAAGUUUUCACUGAAAGUUAUUUCAAAGAGAUGUGACAUCUGUGAUAAGAGUGUUUGUGAAAAGUGUGGUUUAAGAACUCAAGACAGUGAUGGCGAUAACAUAUGGCUGUGUAUGUUGUGUAGUGAACACAGAGAGCUCUGGAAAAGAACUGGUGCAUGGUUUUUCAAAGCCAUACCCAAAUAUACAUAUCCUCAAACAGGACGACGCACUUCCUCCAACAGAACUGACACAACGUCUUCCAAUAGCUCAGACCAAAUUUUUUUUCCACAAUCAAAUAAAUACAACCAAACAUGGACAAGUUAUUCAAAAUCCAAAGAUAAUCUGGAUGGUGGUAUUAGAGAGGAGAGGCAAUCAGAGGAUGAGGAGUCAAGCAGUUCAUCCGAUGAAAUGUUGUUUGACAGUUCUACUCCACUUAAAUCUCCAAGAGGCAGAUCAUCAACUUUGGAGGAGGCAAUGUCCUAUACAAGACGAAUAUCAACAGAAGUUUCAAUGCCUGGCAGUGCCAUUUUAGAAAAUAUAGAUACUCCUCCUCCCUUCCGUAAGAGAACUCUUGCAAUGUCACAAGAAGAACAGCCCCAUAGAUCAUCGCCACACACAAGCCCAUUACAUCAAGCUAAUGGAAAACUCACUCCAGACAGCAGUCAUACAGAACCAGAAUCUCCCAAAAGGGAAAAAAGUGGUAGUUUUACUGGAAGAGGUCACGUAAGAGAUGUGAGAGAUGAAGCCGAAGUAAGGGUGAGGGCACUGGUAAGAAAGCAGGACACAGAAGAGGAAGACAUUGAUGAACUGGUUAGAACAUUCAAAGAAUCAGAGGCCUCUGUGAACAAGGAUGUUGGUGAUGCUGGACUGGGAACAUUGGAAUUUGAUAUUCAUUAUAACAAACAGCACAGUCAGCUUCAGGUGACAGUUGUUUGUGCCAAGAGCCUGAAAGCCAUGGAUUCCAGCGGAACAUCCGACCCUUAUGUUAAAAUUCACCUUCUUCCCGGUGCUAGUAAGAGUAACAAAUUAAGGACUCGUACCAAGUACAAGACUUUGAAUCCGAAAUUUGAUGAAAUAUUGGUUUAUCAUGGGAUCACAGAUGAUGAUAUUUCAAAGAAGUCUCUCAGACUUCAAGUUUUGGACGAAGAUAAACUUGGUCGCAACAAUUUCAUUGGAGAGACUUGCGUGGCUCUAAAGAUUUUCCACAGUAAACCUUCUCAGUCUUUGAAAAGGUCACUAGUUUCUAGAGGUUCUAUUGAAGAAGGACGGGAAUCUCCAGAGCCUGAUCUUGGACGUCUGCAACUGUCUCUGAAGUUCAAAUCACAAAAAAAUCAACUUAUAGUCGGUGUGAUUCGCUGCGCCGGUUUGGCAAGCAUGGACGCCAAUGGUUAUUCAGAUCCUUAUGUCAAAUGCUACCUUAAACCUGAUAUAAAUAAAAAAUCCAAGAGAAGAACGAGUGUCAAGAGAAAGACACUAAAUCCUGAAUAUAACGAGGAGUUUGCAUAUGAUAUCACACACAGUGACCUCGCGAAGAAAAGUUUAGAAUUAACAGUAUGGGAUCAUGAUGUUGGAAAAAGUAAUGAUUUUAUAGGUGGAGUUGUUCUGGAUAUUAACUCAACCGGAAGUGCAUUGAUGCACUGGUACGCCAUGCUGAAGAAUCCAAACCAAGCGCACACUUAUUGGCACACGCUGGAAAAAUUAACGAAUCACGAGCAGGAAUAAGACGUCGCGUUCAGUGACAGCAAAAAUUAGAAGUCUCAUGUGAGUUGCGUUACCCAAUGUCACGACCGUUCACCCAGCACUAUUGAUAUUUACUUCUCGUGUGAUAUUCAACACUUUGAAAUGGAGACUGCAGAGACCAAGGGUUAAAGCUAGCGAUGCCUGCCUCUAGAGUAGUUUUUGAUCGAGUGUUAUGAAAGCAAAACAGAAGUAAUCACAACAGCCAAUUAGAUGAAAGGAAGUUAUCACAAGCAGCCAGUAAGAACUCAAAGUGAAAAAAAAAAAAAACACUGUCUGAGUGAAGCGCGGGAAAACGCGGGUGACCGAGUCUUGAUAAGUUUUGGUUUUUACUCUGAUUGGUUGAGAAAGUGGAGCAAUCCUUGAUUGCUCUGGACAUACAAUUGAACGGCUUGCUCGAGUUGCCGACUCCUGAUCUAUUUCGGAAUUUUUAUCAAAUUAGAGAAACUUUGAGACAAAAGAGGCCUUUUAUUUUUGAAUUGAUUAAACUGACUAGUCAAAUCAGUUUAAUUGUAAACUCCCUGUACUCUUGAAUUUAUCUCCCUCCUAGAACUGGAUGGUCAAGACAGGCAAAGUUUAGUUAUGUAACCGAUAUUUAUUUUUGUUAAUUGUUCUCGAAUUUUGACAUUUUUCAUUUAAAUCGCAGAGUCAAACUAACAAACAAAAACAAGGAAUUAAUUUGACAGAAUUCUAAGAAAUUUAAGUAAAACUUUCCACAAGCCAUUUCUCCCAAAUAGAAACAUAUCCUAGAAUGCGACGAAAACACACUCAAUUUGGACCUAAAAUUCCCUUGGUUACGAGGGAUUCCCAGCUCAGUAGGAGUACACUAAUGACUUCAAUAUGAAUUGGCCACUGAGUUCAACAAAGUCAAAAGGUUCCAAGACGUUUUUAAGAUGUUAAUAAUUUCAUGCGUUUACGUCACGCUUAAUACUCCUUAGAGACUGGUCACUAUUUAACGAAAGGGGGGAUCAGAUGAUUUUGGUUUUGUUACAAAAUAAUAACCUGAUGCCCCCGCCCGCCCCCCCCCCUCCCCCUCGCUCCGUGGAAUUCUUUUGGUCACUCCUCAUUAACAGUCAAUUUUUUAUGGUCCCCCUUUACGCUCUGUCAGUUACAACUGAUUCCUCCCUCCUCCCCCGUUCGUUCUCUUAGAAAACCAUGUGAUCUCCAAAAUCCUCUAACCUCCCCCCUAGACCUGGCGAUGAAUGAUGACUGACCCCCUACAAGCCUCUAUGUAUUGAGGAGGGGGAGUGGGAGAAUUAUUUAUAUUUGUCAUAUCGGUAAAUUUCGUUACUUUUAACUAAAAAUAAGAAUACGUUUUGCUGAUCUAGAUCUUACUCCAUAUUGUAUGCUCAUCAUAUAAGGAAAAAAUAUACUUUUCUGUUUAUAUACGCCCUUUAAUGUCAUAUGUCAGUUGUAUCAUUAGUAGAGAGACUGAUGGACACCACUGGCUAAACAAUAAGGCGGAAAGCGACUGAUUUUUGAAAAAGGCUUUUAUAUUCCCUUUGGCCUUGUUAAAAGAAAAACAGUAGCAUAGUAAUUUAAAAAGUUGUAUAACAAUAGUAUAUUGGAAAUUUUAAAAUGUAAUCUUAGGUAUUAACUUAAUAUAUGUAAAACCGUUAGCUAUAUAAUAAUGGAUGGAAUUAAAAAAAGAAGGAGUCAA